CUACACCUUUUUACUCAUCGUAAGAGAGAUUACUGCUGUCAAAUUCGCUUGGGAUACGCCUAAAACACUUGUCGAUUAAAUAAAUAUAUAUAUACAUAUAUUUGUUUAUUUAUAUCGCUCAAUUAUUAAACUACUUAAAUUAUUUAAUGAAGAAUUAAAUAUAAAAUUGGUGGAGUCGAAGUGGGUUGCUAUAAAGAUAGAGGAAUCAAUAAAUAAUGGAAGCCCUAGUUGAGUUUAAUUAUGUAGCACAAGAACCUGAUGAAUUGACAAUAAGAAAAGGGGACAUUAUUAAAGAUGUUAAAGUUAUGUCUGGUGGAUGGUGGGAAGGGACAUUGAGAGAUAAACGUGGUAUGUUUCCUGAUAAUUUUGUCAAGGUGUUGGAGACAAGUGCAAGUGCAAGUGCUGUGAAAAAUGAACAAGUUAGUGUUGAAAUUAAAAAGGAAACAGUGACACUUCGUAAUGGAUCUGUUGUUAAUAAUACCAUGAGUAGUAAUAGUAGUUGUAGUAGUAGUAGUAAUAGUAAUAAUAAUAACAAUAGUAUAAAUCAUAAUCAUAGUAAUAAUAAUGGUAGUAGCAAUAGUAUGAAUAGUUCGACGAGUAAAUGGUGCAAAGUACUUUUUAGUUAUGAUCCAUGUAAUGAAGAUGAAUUGACAUUAAUACCAAAUGACAUGGUUGAAUAUUUGGGUCAAGUUGAGGAAGGCUGGUGGACUGGACGAUUGCGUGGUCGGGUUGGAGUAUUUCCAUCAAAUUUUGUUUCACCCCCAGCUACUGCUGAUGAUACUAAAGAAUUGUGUCGAGUAUUAUUUUCUUAUGAGGCAGCUAAUGAAGAUGAAUUAACGCUUACAGAAGGCGAAAUUGUAACUUUAAUUUCACGUGACGCACCUGAUAAAGGCUGGUGGAAAGGUGAAUUACGCGGUAAAAUAGGUUUAUUUCCAGAUAACUUUGUUCAAGUAUUACCGGCAAAAGACUUACCCAUACAUCAAGAUGAUACUAAUAAAGUGAGACCAUUAGAAUUAAAUAGAGGUUUAAAAACAACGAGCACAAGUAGUUUGAAACAGUGGAAUACUGGUAAAAAAGGUGAAAAAGCUUAUGUACGAAAAAGUUUAGAUACAAGAACAGCAAACACUGAAAAAAAAAGUGUUAGUCCAAUAUCACCGGUACUUGUUGGUGGUGGUUCCUCUUCAUCAGUAUCUUUAGCUUCUUCUGAUAAAAAUUUACCUGAUAAAAAAGUUAUUAAUUCAUCCUCAUCACCAAUUUCCUCUGGUAUCAAACGACUAAUUAAGUGUGAAGAUCUAACCACUGGUAGCUCAAUAUUACCGCUGGACGCUGCUGAUAGUAGUGAAGGAAUUGAUGAGGAAUUGGAUGGAAUUGAAAGAGAAGAAGAUACUCCACUGCUACAUCUUACUGCGUCUCGAGUUAAAGCUCCACGACGACGUUUGCCUUCCAGUUAUCAUUACACUCGUCAAGUCAGCACUGAAAAUACAGUAACUAAUGGAACAGUUGAUACUGUAGAUCAGUCGAGAAAUGAUGACAAUGAAUAUGGAGCUGGAAAAAAUCGACAACCAAUUGCACCAUGGAUAGAGGAAUUGAAGUUAAAUCAAAUGGAAAAAAAGAAAAUAUCGUCGACAGACAAAGUUGAUGUAAAAAAAGAAAAAAAUAGCGUGAAUGAAUCACCGAUUCAUAGUAUUUCUGACAGUAUGGAUCAAUUACAAGAUAAUCAAGACUUACAGAGACUUAAAGAUAAAGAUAAUUCAUCGUAUCAACGAACUAACUCACAUCUACCCUGUCCAGUAUCGCCGACAACUUCUGGAACACCUGCUUACGUUCCUUAUCGACUUUACAGCCAAUUGCUUGAUCGAGUUGCUACACUUGAAGAAAGACAAAUAGUCUUACAUCGAAUGGUAAUUCAAUUGUCUGAACAAGUAGGCCCACUGUUAACUAAUUCACCUUCAGUAACUGGUAACAAGUCUUAAUCGAUUCCUACUUUUUUUUUAUCGUUAAUUUUAAUAUUUUUUUUUAUUUUUUAAUAAGUAUUUAAUACCAUACAUGCUACCAAUUUAUUUUUUUUCUAUAAAUUUAUUCCUUGACUGUCGAUAAAUGAAACAUAUUUAAUAUACAUACCAGACUAUAAUAUAUAUAUACAUUUUCGUUUGGAACGAACAUAUUUUUUUUUUCAUUCCUCAUUGAAAAUCGUAUUCUACCUGUCAAAAUAAAAAUUCAGUCCAAUUUUGAACCCUUCAUAUCAAUAUUAAAAACUGGAACUUGUUUAAGUUUUUGCAUGCUAAGGGCAUGUAAAUCUAAAUUUUUUAUCUUUAUUGAAUAAAACUCCGAACCAAUAAGAUACGAUAAAGUUAUAUUUAAAGAGAACUGUAUGCUUUUUGAAAAAGCCUGUAUCUGCUUAGCGGUUACUUCAACUACAGUCCGUGUGUAAGCGUUGAAAGUCUAAUUUCCUAUGAAAUUGGUGGUUUUUUGUUAUUAACUUGUAAAUAGUACUUUAGAAAAAAAAAGUAGACAGCAUUUUUUGUAAGAAAUUUAGUCUUCUAUAAAAAAGUUUUUAUAAGUCGAAUCUCUAAAAUCAAUAUUUAAAGAGAUACAUGAACUUAGUCAUUCAAAUUAAAAAUUUUAGCAAAAUAAAUUAUAUUUUUUUUUAGAGAUUUGGUUUUAUGAACUUUAUCGUAGAAGGCUAAAU